AUGGUACAAGAUGCAGGCGUAUUGCGCUACACCUACCGCAUCGUGAGCGAGAAUGCUAAGAAGAUUUGCAAGUACACGCCUUGCGUUAUCUUCUACCUAAAUAACUUCUUGGGCCAGCAGCCCGUACCUAUGCUUAAUGCCACAUUUAAGCUGCUGAAGGAUCUUAAGACUAUACUAGACCGAUUACGAGCGCACGUAGUCCGAAAGCACCUGUCUUUCGUCGUGAAUGAGGACGCUGACGUGCCUCUGCUUCUCCGCGGCGACCUCCCGAGAUUUCAAGAUGUGGUAACAAACCUAAUCUCGAACGCGAUUCAGUAUACAGCCGAAGGAAGCAUCGCCAUACACAUUGGGGCAUAG